AUGGCUUCGGGCAGCACAACCACCCAGGAGGAGUCCGCCGGUACCUCAAAACAGACGUUCUCACUGGAGAACAUCCUCAGCGGCGACCAUGAGAACAUCGAACAUCCGGAGACCGCCACAAAAGAGGCGCUGAAGGCCACUGGUGGCUGGGAUCAAGAGGAAGGGCAAGAGGAAGUCUCACAAGGAUUCUGCGUAGAGUGCGAAGACCAACCGGCACAAGUUUUCUGUGAGACGUGCUCGGACAACUUCUGCGAAGUAUGCUUCGCGUCCCAGCACCGGAAGGGCACUCGCAAACGUCAUGCCAGCAAACCUCUGUCUGGACACCAAGAGAAGAAAGCGAAGGCCAAUGAUAAUGUUGCCGCGCCUGCCGAUGAACAAGGGGAGGACGGAGAAAAGAUGCAUGUGGACGAGCCUGCCGCCGAGGACUCAGAUGAUGAGUUAGAGCGUGCUGCGGCAGAGGCGGUGUCCUCUAAGACGGAUAUCGUGCUCUCAUCGCAACCUACUCCCGGUUCGUCGGUCGGGGAGUGGUUCGUGGAGCGCUCAAAAUACAUCCCCAUGCGUCUGACUCUCUCGGAGCGGAAAUUCCUCCGACUUCUCGAGGCGGCUCUCAACGUGUCUGAGUACACAGACAAGAUCGACACAAUAGGCUUCGGUCUAUCGAAGGCGAAGCGGAUCGUGCACCAGAUUCGCGAGCUCUGCGCCAUCCUGUCCGGUCUCGUGCUGUCCGCCGACUACAAGCAAGGCCAGGAGCUCUUCCAGGACCGUGACUUCCAGUCCAAUGAGGAGUUUUACCAGGACAUCUUUGAGAUUGGACGACGACACAAGAUUAUGAAUCCGGAUAAGAUGCGGUCAACAUACGGCAAGCUAAUCUAUAUCCUUCAGGACAGUCAAACACCUGAAGUCAAGGAUCUCCUCAACUUUUCCUGUGUGAAGCCGAUCUACACGGUGUACAACGUACUCGAGAAGCACGACGCGGUCGACCUGCUUCGAGAUGACCUCAUCUCGGUCGCUACCAAGGAAAUCUACUCCGAAGACCGUUCCCGACGCGAAAUCCAGCGUGACAUCAAAAGCAAAGAACGUGCCAUCGAGACGCUUGCGGGCAAGUACGCACGCCCCGGUCUCCCGCAGGAGCAGAUCCGCCAGUGCAUCUACAGCAUCGGGGAUAACCAUGCGUUCCUCCGCACCAACCGCGACCCAUGCGACCGCAUGAUUGCAUACCUCAAGCAGUACUUCCAUCCGAACGAUCCCAAAGACCCUAAGAGCAGUCUCGCGAUCAAGUCCGGCAAGGGCGGCGCCCGGCUCACGCACGACCACCAGAAGCAGUACGCGUACGUCCUUCAGAGUCUUACGCUAUGGCGUGAGAUCCUGCAUGACAUGUUCCACUUAUGGACCCUGGCCGAGCAGGACCUCCUUAACGAGAACGUCCCCUACCGCCUGCGUGAUACUGGUCAGGGCUUGAACCGAGUACAAGCGGCACCGAAGACGUCGCGUAUGAUGCACGCUAUCCUUAACCGUGCUCAGCGUAGCAUAGGCUCCUGGGUCGGGUCCUCGGUCAUUCACAUGGGCGACCACAACGUCCCGAAUGCCCUCAUGUUCAUCGACAAGUAUUCCCAGGUGUACCGCAUCCUACUCCCGAUAUGCAACACGCUCUCCCAGAUCCCAAAAAUCGCCGAGAACCCAGCGCUUCGGUCUUACAUCGACGACGAAUGGGGAUCACCCGAAGGCCUGGCCCGCGAGAUACUGGCAGAUUUCUUCCGCCAUGGGUUCGAUGGCUCGGGGGCCGGCAACUACUUCGAUGCAGGAUCGUGUAUUGACGGACGGCUGACGAGCGCAUGGAACUGGUGUUCAACGCUCGAGAAGAAGCGAUUCUUCCCUGUCUUCCUUCUGACCGGUUUCAUUGGCUUUGAUGGAGACUGGUGA